AUGAUUCUAUCACAGACAGCAGUCAAAGGCAUCUGGGACUUAAUAUUCAAAAGUUUAAUUCAUGAUGGCCCUCGAUAUGAUGACGCUAUUAUUAUUGGAGGCAAUAUUAGUGGAAUGGUAACUGCUGCUUACUUAACACAAUAUUUCUCUCGAAUCACAAGUAUUGAAUCAGAUGAUAUAUUAAAUGAUAAAUUAAUACAAUCUACACCCGAACAAUUAUUAAAUUAUCGUUGUCGUCUUGAUAGCCCAGCAUCAGUAGGACGAUCAGGUGUUCCGCAAAUGUAUCAAAUACAUCUAAUGGCAAUUGGUGGACGAAUUAUAUUGCGUGAAUUAUUUCCUCAGCUUGAUCAAAAAUUGCUGAAUGAAUACCAUGUUCUUUCUUAUUCGUUGGAAAAUGAGUUAAGACUUGUUUUUAACAAUGUAUUACUACAUCCAAAUUUAACAGAAGACUUUAAAUGGCUAGGUAUUGAUCAUUUUACAUUAGAAAUAGCAAUACGAAAAAAAUUAUGUUUACAAUAUGGACAUAAAAUUCAAUGGAUUUGUAAUUCAAAAGUGAAACAACUCAUUGAUGAUCAAUCAUCAAAUACUGUGAAGGGUGUGAAAUAUCGUUCUACACGUGACAGUCGUGCAUCAACAGUCGACCUGCAUAGCGAUUUCAUUAUUGAUUGUAGAGGUUCACAUUCAUCAUCAAUAAAAUGGUUAAAAGAAGAUUUGAAUUUAAUUAUUCCAACUGAACAAAUAUAUUUUGGUUGUGUUUAUCUCACAUUCGUUGGCGAAAGAUUGGAGACUGGCAAUUCAUUGUUCGAUUGA